AAAACUGCUAUUUAAUUUGCUCCAUCAAAAAGUUUCCUUGCCUGGAGAAGAUGUUUUUAGUGUUUCUGCUUGUUCUUCUAGGGAAUGAAAGACUUAGCAUUGAAGCUCAUGCAGAAAAUAAAAGAACAGGGUUUAUGCCCAACCUUUUACCUCUAUAAUGUCACUGUCUCCGGAUUUUGCUGGGUAGAUUUGAUAGAGGAUGCUUUCCAUCAACUUAGACUGAUGCAAGAGGAGGGUCUACUUCCAAAUGAAGUGACUUUCACAAUUCUCAUUGGUGCACAUGGCAGGGCUGGUGAAAUUGAUCGGGGUAUUGGAUUGUUUAAUAGGAUGAAUGCAGAUGGUUGCAGCACCCCUGACAGAUGUACAUACAACACUUUACUGAAAUCACUUUGCAGGUCUGGUAGAGAAUUAGAUGCUUUAUCUCUUGUGCAUACAACGAGCAAGAGGGGCUUCUUUCCAAACAGGCUGGCUUAUGAAAAAUCACACCAUUAUUUUUGUGCUUGUCACAUGAGCAUUCCUGCCUUCAGGAUAUUUGAAGAAAUGGUUGCUUGCAAUCUUGUGCCUUGCCUGUAUAGAUGGAACUUGCUGCUUUAUAUCUUAUGUGAAGAAAAGAAACUCCGCGAAGCUUAUAGGGUGUGUGAUGUGAUGUUUGAGAGAGGAUUUCUACCCGACGAGUCAGUAAUGAGGUUUCUAGUUGAAACAUCUGAUAAACACCCCCUGCUUCUUGUGAACCAUGUUCUGAACAGAUAGGAACUGCCCACUCUUUCUCAGUAGAACUCGACUUUCACCAGUCUCUCACAAGUCUGCAGAAAUACCAGUUUUCAAGUUUCUGUUUGCAGGAGAUACCACUGUCUUCUAUGAAAUCACAAUCUCUUACAGCAGUGCCUGCUCUCUGGGAGUUCACCAUCAGGUUUUCUUUUAUCCUUCCUUCUUCCUGUAGACUCGACCUCCUUCUCUCUGGGUCAUGCACUGACUGGUAGAAUAUUUAUAAAGUUACCUUUUUGUUGAA